UUACUUUUUUAUGCGUUUUGCCGCCAUCACUGAGCAGCCAUUGGUCGAAAAUGACCGGGCCGCGCCCAUUUUGUCUGUCAAUCACGCGACGUCAGGAACCCGCAAAAACUGUAAUCGUCAUCGUGACGUUGACGCACUCAUUAUGCGGAGCAAAAGGCACGGAUAUUUGGCACGGCCAGAGGCAGGGUCGUUUCCGAAGGCAUAACAAAAAUGGCCGCCCCUCUGAUUGCUAUGGCCGUGGCUCUUCGCCGUCGCCGACGUGAACACGGAGAGCCAGACGACGCGUUUGACAUGCCGGAUGACCAUUUUCGACGGCAUUUUCGACUCUCGAAGGGAACGGUGCGGUUGUUGUGCGAGGAACUGGCGGGGGAACUAGAAGCGGAGCGAGCGACGGGACUGUCGGUGGAGCGGAAGGUGUUGUGUGCGCUGCGCUUUUUUGCCACUGGGAGCUUCCAAGCGUCCGUUGGGAGCGAGGAGACGAUUCGUGUGUCGCAGUCGACAGUGAGCGAGUGCGUGCGACGGGUGGCAGAGGCUGUUGUGAAGGCCGGGGCGCGCAACAAGUGGGUGCAUUUUCCUAAGGCGGCCGAGGAAAAGGCAGCCGUAAAGGAAGGCUUUCUUCGGCGCGGUGCUAUCCCCGGUGUCAUAGGAUGCGUCGACGGCAGCCUCGUAGCUAUUGUCGCACCGAAGGGUGAGCGCAAGGCUGCGUUCAUGUGCCGCAAGGGAUACUACGCCCUCAACUGCAUGUUCGUAAGUAAACCUCACGUUUUCUGGUGCCGAUCCUUUUUGACAAUCCGCGAUGCGGACAUGAAAAUCUUGGCCGUGGACCCUCUGCGACCGGGGUCGGACCACGACGCUUUUGUCUGGCGCACGACAUGGUUGCGCCGGCGGUUUGAAGCGGGCCGCAUCGUGAAUCCCGGAGAAUACCUCCUCGGUGACAGUGGCUACCCCUUGGAGCCGUGGCUCCUGACCCCAGUUCCUGGCCAUCCUCCAGCGCAGACAGCCGAGGGGCAGUACAACACAGCACAUGGCGCCAUGCGUUCCGUAGUGGAGAGGUGCAUUGGGCUCUUAAAGAGCCGUUUCCGCUGUCUUCAGCGAUAUCGCACCCUCCUCUACGAGCCGGAACGUGCAGCCAACAUUGUCGCGGCAUGUGCUGUGUUGCACAACCUUCGCCUGUCUGAGGGCAACAUAGACUCGGGCGAUGAUGACAGCGAUGACGACAGCAGCAGCAGCAGUAGUACUGAGCUCUGCGGUAAUGACGACCCCAUUCCGCAAGGUCUGCCCCGAAACACAGGGUCGAGAAUGAAUUAUUUGAGAGGCCGGGCCGUCCGUGACUCUGUGAUUGGAAUGUUUGGGACAACCCGUGCGCAGCACAUACAGUACCUGAGAAGUGUUCGGCGGCAGCUGCGACGUCAACAGCAGCGUCAGCAUCGCUAG